CCGAAGCUUCCACCUGGUCGUGCGUGCUCACAAUCUCGUCGAAUCUGAGGUUUACGGGUUCAGAUUCAGACAUCUUCUUCCUUCCUAUCUAAUAAUAUUUAAGGUGGAUUUUCAAAAUUGCUAAAGCUCACAAAAUCACUAGUGGCUUGCAACGAUGGGUUUGUUGAAGAAAAAGGAUUCAACUUCGACUCGCUCCUCUACUUCCCCCUGUGCUGAUUUGCGAACUGCUUACCACAAUUGCUUCAAUAAAUGGUACUCGGAGAAGUUUGUGAAAGGACAAUGGGAUAAAGAAGAGUGUGUUACUGAAUGGAAAAAAUACAGAGACUGUCUCUCGGAGAAUUUAGAUGGUAAACUUCUCACUCGCAUGUUGGAGGUUGAUGGUGAGCUGAAUCCAACUAAGCAAGCUGAUGCAAAAGAAUCCAGUCGAUGA